AUGGCUGAUCUCCCGGUAAAAUCUGUGAGCAGGGGAACCAUUCCCCCGCAGCAAACGCUUGCUUUGGCACGACCUCAAACAUCAGGAAGUUAUGAGGCAAUCCCACCUGCUUUUGGGGCCCGACGAGACUUGGAUGUUCACGGAUUGAGCUCGGGGGUGCUCGAAGUUUCUGUUAAAGAGAAAUUAUCCGGUGCAGCGAAAGGGAAGGCGCUUGACACCAACAAUGUUGAGGCUACCACGACUAAUGCCACAAUCCCUAAGGCCCCUCGUCCUCGACGAGGGAGGAGCCAGAGUAGAGGUGGCUCAAAACCACCAAAACCUCAAAGUCAAGCUGCGGCUGAUGGCCCACGCGUGAUGCAGCGAUCAUGGGUUGCAAUUGCGAAAGCGGCAACUAAAGUGUAUGCUCUAACCUAUAUACCCCCUUCACAUGUCGAAAAUAGAAUUGUGGCCACCUUGACGGAUGAAACUUUGGAGGCUACGGACCCGAAAUGGAGUGAGUGCUUGGUGGGGUACUUGGUUGGGAAACGCCUACCAUUUAAGCUUGUUGAAUCGGUUACUAAGGAGUAUUGGGGGUCUCAUCUCUUGGAAGUCAUGGCUAAUGAGGAUGGUUUCUUCUUUUUUCACGUGCCGGAUCUUGUAUUCCGGCGUAAAAUACUAGAUAGUGGCCCGACAAUGGUUGCACGUGUCCCACUAUUUCUCCAACAAUGGCACCCCCUCUUAGAACUCAAGCGGGAUGAUCAUGAGUCUGUGCCGGUCCGGAUCCGACUGAAAAAUAUUCCAUUCGCGCUGUGGUCCGCCCCCGGAAUUAGUUCCCUGGCUAGUGUGAUUGGCAAGCCAUUAUAUGUUGAUCAAAGGACAGAAAGCAUGAAGAUGAUCUCUUAUGCUCGGGUCAGUGUAGAGAUUAAGGCCAAUCAACAGCUUAAAGAUUUUGUGGAGGUGUUGUUGAAUGGUGAAUCCCGUAUCAUAAAGGUUGACUAUGAAUGGAGGCCUAAAGCAUGUGUAACUUGUGGGACAUUUGGGCACCAGUGCCCUCCUGCUGUUGUCCUUCCCGAUCCCGUGGAGAUUCAUCAAGCGGAUAUAGAGGCCCCCGCAAAAUGUGAUGUCGCCCCUCCCGCCCAACGAGCUGAUCCAAGAACCUCUAUGCCACUUGCACAAUGGAGGAAAAUGGUGAAAAAGAAGGGACGUUUGGUAUCCCAAGGAGAGGCCGUAUAUACCUCCGAAGUUGGCCGGUCUUCGGAUGCUAGGCCACGGGGAGAUGCUGCAACCUCGGAUUUAAGGCCCCCGGUUGAUCCCGCACCAUUGCUGAAUGUACCCCUUGAGCAGCCCCAGGCAGCACGUCUAGUCCCACUGGGUUCAUCCGAUUCAGAGGAUGAAGUGGAAGAGGAGGCGAGCCUUAUUGGGAGUAUGGAUGAAGUGGAAGUCCCGCGACUCCCCACAAGUAUGCAAAAGAUUGGCAACACCCCCUUUGGGACAGAGUUGCCUUCGGUCAAGCAAGAAAAAACUCAGCUGCCCCCUAUAGUGGAUACUUCUCCGCAGUUCGGUUCUGAUAGCAGCCCCACGGUUUCAUUGCCCUUGUUUCCUACCUUGAGUACAAGUCCGGUGCCUAAUUGGAAAUGGGUUGCAAAUUAUGAGUACUCCCCUAGAGGGAGAAUUUGGGUAGGUUGGAAUCCUUGUCAUGCAGAUUUUGUUGUCUCGGCUUCAUCAGCUCAGGUUAUCCAUGGACACUUACGUCUGCUGGAUAUCAACAAGGCAUGUUUUCUCUCGGUUAUUUAUGCUGAACAUACCUUCGUUUCUAGGCGGCCACUUUGGGCUGAUCUCGUCCACACUAGCUCCUUGGUUGUAUCCUCCCCAUGGCUUGUAGCAGGUGACUUCAAUGCCAUUAAAGACCCUUCAGAUAGAAUCGGUAGCUCGAAUGUCCGGCUCCCCUCCUUUAAUGAACUCGGUGAGUGUAUUACACAGGCUGGUUUGGAGGACCUUCAUUAUGUUGGCCACAGAUUUACAUGGUCAAAUUCCUCGACUCAUCCUCGUAAGCAGAGGAAGAUUGAUAGGGCUCUUAUCAAUGCCCGGUGGUGCAAUGAUUUCUCUUAUUCGGAGGCUUCCUUCUUGGCCCCCGGGGUCUCGGACCACUCUCCUAUUGUUAUUAAGAUUACGGCUCCCGGGAACUAUAGAAGACCAUUCAAAUUUUUCAACUUUUGGAUGUCCCCUCCCUCCUUCAUGGAUCCGCUUACUCAAGUGUGGAAUACUCGGGUUCAAGGGAUUCCCAUGUUUAUCCUUACUCGGAAACUCAAGCUGCUCAAAGUCGGGCUCAAGCAGCUUAACAGGGAUGCUUUCUCCGAUAUCUCAGCACGCACGGCCAAUGCUAGAGCUGUUCUUACAAGUACUCGGGAUGCCCAAGUACGGGAUCCUUUCAACCAUGUAUUGGCUGCCCUAGAGAGAGAUCAGCUUCGUGCAUUCUCUGACCUUCGUCUUCGGGAGGAAGGCUUCUAUAAACAGAAAUAG